UUCACACGAGUAAGAUGUUUCUAUCGUUGUAAUAUUUGUUUAUUUUAAUAUAAGAUAAAUAUUGUCUACAUUUACUUAAUUGGGUGUUUACAAACACAACAAAUUGGCGACGAGGAUAAAAGAAGAAAGCAUGGGGUAAUUUACUCGUACAUUACUACGCGACUACACGUGCUUGUUCUCAUUCCGAAUACAAAAUGGACGAACAGCAAAAACAAACAUCUACAUUACAUUUUAUACAUACAGUGUUUUCUAUUGAAAAUUACGAUACAACGAAGCAGUUCGACAGGUGGCUGAUGAGGUUGGAAAGCGCCUUUACAAUAUUUGGGGUGCAGAAGACAAGAAAAGUAGCUAUUUCUUACACUACAUGGGUCCGGAAGCCUACGAUGUACUCUGCGACAAAAUCUCGCCUGAGUUACCAAAUACGAAGACGUACGUUGAAUUGGUGGAUACUAUGAAGUCCCACUUCAACCCGGAACCACUAGAGAUAGCAGAAAACUUCAGAUUCUUGCAAAGGAAACAACACGAAGGAGAGAAGGUCAAAGAUUACUUAACGGCAUUACAGAAAUUGGCAAUUACAUGCAAUUUUGGUCAGUACUUGAAGAAAGCUCUACGGAAUAAAUUUGUUUUUGGAUUACGAGCCCAAAAUAUUCAAUCAAGGUUAUUAGAAGUAAAAGAUGUGACGAUUGAAAAAGCCAUUGAAGUAGCAAUUAGCAUGGAGACGUCACACCGGGACGCAGCCCAACUACACAAUGCAAGUGGCAGUGUUAACCAGAUUACAUACAAAAACAAAAGACUUAAUAACACUAGUAAAAAUCAAAGUACAACUACUAAUACAAAUGUUACCAACAAACCAAUUGUAUGUUUUAGGUGUGGCAUUAAUAAUCAUACAGCAAACAAAUGCAUGAAGAAAAAUUUACAUUGUACAAGUUGUAACGCAAAGGGGCACGUGAGUAAAGUUUGUUUGAAAAAUAAGGCUAAUGCAAAUCAGGUGGAAGAAAUACUUUCCAUUAACACCGAACAUAUCAAUUACAGAGAGAAAUUCGCAGUAACUUUGAAAUUAAACGACGUACUGAUGGAAUUCGAAGUUGACAGUGGAGCGGCUAACAGCUGCAACCUUGUUGGCUAAUUCUGGAGGAGAUGUUCUGCAACUAAAGAGAUUGGGCGGAUGGAAAUCAAGUACUGUGGCUGAAGGUUAUGUUGACAGCUCUUUAGAUGGUCAAGUGAAAAUCGCUGAUAUGUUGUCCACCAACAAUUCGAUUCCAAUUCCUUGCAACAGCACUUCAUACUCCCAUAUUGAUCCAUCAACUGCAUCAGAAAACACAGAAGAAAACGUUUUAACUGUAAAUGCUACAAAUCCAGUUACAAUGUUAACAAACACUAAAAGUCCUAAGAAAACUGUGUCUUACGCUUCAAAUCAAGAAUUUCAAUUUUCUAAUCAGAAAUUGCAGCAAGGUUUGUCCUUAAA